AUGAAGGCCGCACUCAUUGCCACCAUCGCUGUCCUCGUCCUGGCUCUCGGCUGGACCUCCGAGGCCGUGCAAGUUAAAGAGAAUGGAUUGUCUUUCUCGCUGGAAGCCGUCAAGAGGCUCCAGGAGCUGACAGAGAGCAGCGCUGCGACAGUACAGCGAAGCCCACGACUGAGAGCGAGCAGCGUGUCCCUCUGCGCCGACCCCAUGCUCCCGCAGGAGUUCCUGCCGCUUUGCAGGCAGAGAGGAGCAUCAGCAUCCCUCACCAGACUCGCCAUGGUCCCCAUGGAUGUCUGUGAGAUCUGCGCCUUUGCCGCCUGCACCGGCUGCUAAACAAACCCAGCAAGCCAGAAACAUCUUGCCCAGCUUAAGACUUGUGAUUUUUUUUUCCUCCCGCUAAAAACUUUAUCAGGGAAUUUCUAAAAUUUCCUGCAAUGACGAGACGCUGACUUUAUGUUCCCUGAAUACAGAGACUGACUCUGGCCCACUGGGCACUUUAUACAUUUUGAAGUCGC